AUGGCGGCAGCCAAGGCCAUCCUUGACGAGAUUCACAACCCUCUUCCUCGGGUAUUGAGCGAUUACAAUGCGUAUACAUUGGGGCGAUUAUGCGGCCACAAUGUGGCCAUGACUUGCUUGCCAUCGGGUGUUUAUGGCACUGUAUCGGCAGCCACUGUUCUGGUGCAGAUGCUAUCAACAUUUCAGAAAUUGCAAUUCGGUCUAAUGGUUGGUAUUGGAGGUGGCGUUCCCACAGCUAGCAAUGCCGAUAUUCGACUGGGCGAUGUAGUUGUAAGUAAACCAACGACCACCAUAGGGGGUGUGAUCCAGUACGAUUUUGGUAAAACAACGCCCAAUGGAAGUUUCGAAUAUGUCGGGUCUUUGAAUAAACCACCACCGGUUCUUUUGAGCGCAAUAAGUCAAUUACAGAGCGCCUACAUGGCGGGCGAACAACAAAUACAGCAUAUUAUACACGAAGCACUAGCAAAAAAUGAGUUCAUGAAAAGGAAGUUUUCUCGACCGUGCGAAGACCGACUUUUCCAUGCAGCAUACAACCACCAGAAUAUUCCUACUCGCAAUGCCUAUGAUGAUAUUGAUGAGUGUUCAGCAUGCGAUUUGCACCAAAUAGUCACUCGUCCUCUACGACCCACAGAUGAGCCUUAUAUUCACUACGGCUUGAUUGCGUCCGGAAACAAUGUUAUGAAAGAUGCGCUGACACGCGAUCAGAUUGCUCAACCGUUGGGUGUUCUCUGUUUUGAAAUGGAAGCUGCUGGGUUGAUGGACCAGUUGCCAUGUUUGGUAAUACGAGGGAUUUGCGAUUACUGCGACUCUCAUAAACCUAAAAAAUGGCAGGGUUAUGCAUCACUGACAGCUGCAGCAUAUACCAAAGAGCUGUUGAAAUUCGUU